AUGUCCUGCGCGAGAAUUCACCGUGUUGGCCAAACCAAGACAGUCGAGUUAAUCCCUUUCGCCACGAAGAGCACAUUUAAUGGCCGACAAGUGCUCAACAACCUCAAGAAAGCAGUACCUGGCCUCCUAGCAUCGCUCAAUAGCAAUCUCUUCGGCCAGGAUAUUGCAUGUGACGACGAGGAUGCCGGUGAUGACUGGGCUAAUGAUCUACAAUUGGGUGAUUGGGUUGAAUUGGGAGGUGUCCUUGUCCCGGCCGACGACCCUGGCAUACGAGCCGAUGCGGAGGUCGAGGUGCUCACUGGCUGA